CUUCGCAACUUUUUUAAAACUGACGUAGCAUUUAAUAUUUAUAUAUCGAACAUAUAGAAGACAAAUAAUGGUUCAAUCAUCAUCAUCUACCUCAGUUGGAGGAAGCAAGUCUCCUUCCAAGGGCUUAGCAAAGCCAUCUAGCAGUGGUGGUCAAACAAGACAGAGAAAAGGUACAUCUGGUGCAACAGCUAGGCGACCGACAACUGCAGGAGGAGGGGGAAUGUGGAAAUUUUACACCGAAGACUCUCCUGGACUAAAAGUUGGUCCAGUUCCAGUGCUUGUUCUAAGUCUUCUCUUCAUUGCUUCUGUGUUCCUGCUUCACAUUUGGGGAAAAUACAAUCGCAAUUAGAGUUUCAAACAAGGAAAGCAUAUUAAAAGAAUAACUUAGUCUUGCUUAUGACAUGCUAUUCGUACUAAACUUGUAUUUGAAAUCGUUUAUAAAAAAUAUAAUUAUUGUCAACUGGUA